GGCCGAGAAGGCCCAGAAACGUCUGAAGAAGGACAAGAAGGAAAAAAAGGCGAAGGAUGGGAAGGAGAAAAAGAGCAAGGCCAACAAAAAGGAAAAGAAGGACAAAAGGAGAGAAAAGCACGAGUCAAUGGACGAACCUCAGAUCGAGGUCGACAACGUGGCUGUCAGCGAGUUCUUGAAGAGCAAUGAGGUUGAGAUCGAAGAUCCCAAAAAGUCAAACGUUUCUCCCUCCCUGUCAUUUGACCACCUCAGGCCCUUUGUUGACUCUCGUAUCAGUAGCCAUUUGGAGAAGUAUGCCAAGCCUACGCCGAUCCAGGCAGUGGUAUGGCCGUAUCUGCUCAAAGGCCGCGACAUGGUGGGUGUUGCAGAAACUGGGUCGGGGAAAACAAUGGCUUUUGGUGUGCCGGCUGUGGAGCAUCUUCUAAAAUCGGAUUCCAAAGAGUUGCAAGUGUUGAUAAUUUCCCCGACAAGAGAGCUGGCAAGCCAGAUCUAUGACAACCUUAACGAGCUGACCGCCAAGGUGGGUCUUGAGUGUGUUUGUGUUUAUGGCGGUGUUUCCAAGGACGACCAGAGAAGAGCAGUGAAACGGUCUCAGUGCGUUAUAGCUACGCCAGGACGUUUAAUCGAUUUAAUAGAGGAUUGCAGCAUCAGUCUGGACAAAAUCAACUAUUUGGUGCUAGACGAGGCCGACAGAAUGCUUGAAAAGGGAUUUGAAGAAGACAUCAAAAAGGUGAUGAAGCUCACGAACGGUAACAGACAGACGCUUAUGUUCACUGCUACCUGGCCGAAGGAAGUGCGUGAGCUCGCAAUGAACUUUAUGGACAAUCCCGUCAAAGUCACGAUAGGCCAACGAGACGAGCUGUCAGCCAACAAACGAAUACAGCAGAUCGUGGAGGUGGUGGAUCCUCGUGAAAAAGAACAAAAAUUAUUGCAACUAUUGCGCAAAUACCAAUCAGGUGCGAAAAAGGACGAUAAACUAUUAAUCUUCGCUUUGUACAAAAAGGAAGCUGCCAGGGUGGAGAAGACACUCACCUACAAGGGAUUCAGCGUGGCAGCUUUGCAUGGAGAUCUCAACCAGGCACAAAGAACUCAAGCCUUGCAAGAUUUCAAGACUGGUAAGCACAACAUCCUGCUUGCCACAGAUGUUGCAGCAAGAGGUCUGGACAUCCCGAACGUGAAGGUCGUGAUAAACCUCACGUUCCCGCUCACAGUGGAAGACUACGUGCACAGAAUAGGACGUACAGGACGUGCAGGUCAAACAGGGAUUUCUCACACGCUUUUCACAGAGCACGAAAAACAUCUUGCAGGGGCUUUGAUGAACGUCCUACGUGGCGCAGAUCAGCCUGUGCCCGAGGAGCUGCUCAAGUACGGGUCACAUACGAAAAAGAAGACUCACGGGGCUUAUGGCGCCUUCUUCAAAGACGUUGACAUGACGAAAAAGGCUAAAAAGAUCACGUUCGACUGAGACUCGGCUGUGUCGAUAACCCGUGCGGCUCAACGUUCUUUUCAGUUUUAUUUUUAGUAGUCGUGGAGACCUCAAAAGGUGGCUGUUUCUAAUUCAGCCCGUAUAAAUAUCAAAAGGUACGCGAUUUCUGGUCCCGAUCUAUACAAAUCAAAUACAGAUAUCCUAGCUAUGAUCAUCCCCCAGUUCGUUGCCGAAAACAUCCAGGCCUUGAUGGCCGUCUCCGACGUGUGUCCUACGGAGCUCGUUGAAAACUCCCUAUACAAGAGAGACAUACACCAGGCCUGGGACGAUACCAAGAACGGAUGGAACAAGUGCAUGGACAAAACAUGGUGCAAAGUUGUGGUAAUUGUGUGUAUUAUCAUCGGUGGUUUAUUCGUGUUCUGGUUGCUUUCGACCAUCUUCCAGCUCAUCUGCUGUGGAGUGAAGUGUGUGGACGCCAUGUGCUGCUGCUGCUGCAGAGGAAGAAGGCAGCCAAAGGAAGUGAUAUAUAAGGAACAACCCGCACCUACGUCACAAGGAAACGCCUACACCAAUCCAAACAUGUACUAUCAGCAGAACUCCAAUCCGUUUGCUGACCGAAAUAGGUACCAGCAGCAUUAUUAGGUUCGAUUUAUAGUUAUAUGAGUAAGAACGAUUUCUA